UGCCAUGACAGCGUCUUUUGUUGAUAGUGGAGCUGAGGCUCAGAUAGCUAACAGCUAACGUGUUUAACUCCAGCCGCAGUUUUCUGUCAGUAUAAUUAAAGUUUCCGGAUCCCUGUGAGUCUGCGCAGUGCGGCACGAUGCCGCCGAAGGCUAAAAGCAAGAAGAAGGGCGGGAACGUGAAGUCUUCCACGGUGGUGGACGGUCUGUCCACGGAGGACAUGUCCAAGGAUCAGCUGGAGGACCACAUCAUCCACCUCCGGGAGGAGCUGGACCGCGAGCAAGAGGAGAAAAGCUACUUCCAGCUGGAGAGAGACAAGAUCCAGGCCUUCUGGGAGAUCUCCAAGAGGAACCUGGACAAGACGAAGGCCGAGCUGAGGAACAGGAGCCGGGAGAGAGAUGAGGCUGAGGAGCGCCACCGAGUCGAGAUCGAAGUCUAUAAGCGGAAGCUGAAGCACGUCCUGUCUGAGCAGCACAAUGCCAUCACUGAGCUGAAGAUGGAGGCCGUCUCUGCGUCCUCGCUGGUCGAGAAGAAGCACGUGCAGUCUGAGAUCGCGCUCCACAGAAACGUUCAGGGUCUGCAGGCGGAGCUCACGGAGAAGAAGUUCCACAUCAAGAGCCACAUCAAAGCGCUGCAGCUGAAACAUCAGACGGAGCUGAUGGAGCUCACCAACCACUACGAGCACAGGAUCAGAGACAUCGAGGUGAAGUAUCAUAAGAAGAUGCAGAUGAUGAUCCAGGAGGAGAAGAAGAAGCGUCAGGUGGCGGUUGCCGAGCUCGACGAGAGGAUGAAGAGUCGAGAGGCGGCUCUGAUUGAGGAGCACGACCGAGCUCUGCGGAGAGUCGAGGAGCAUUUCACGUCCACUCGGGAGAGACUGCUGACAGACCAGAGGACGCUCAAGGAGGAGCUCACGGAGGCGCAGAAGCAGCAGGCUCGGGUGUCCCGAGAGUUCUCCAAGGCUCAGGAGGAGAACAGAAGCCUGAAGGAGGCUCUGCCGGAGGCCCAGCGGGAUCUGGCUGAGCUGCGCCGCCGGCUGGAGGAGCACAACCGCUGCAAGGCCCAGAUGCUGGAGAGCCGGGCUCAGAUGAAGGUCGUGGAGAGGGAGCUGAGAGAUCUGACACUGGAGCACGAUCUGCUGCUGCAGGCCUCUGAGAAGGUGCAGCAGGAGCGCGACGAGCUGCUGAAGAAGCAGAGGGACGCCAUCAUGGACGUGCAGCAGAGGAGCGAGCUGAAGGCGGUGAUGUUGGAGAGGAAGCUGGCAGCGCUCACUGAAACCUUGGAGAAGAAGGAGGCUCAGCUGUGCGCCGCGCUCUCGGCCUCCAGCGCCGAUCCGACGGCAGCAGGCAGCGCCGCCAGCAGGCUGGAGGCCAUCGUGGAGCAGAAGCACAACACCAUCGCGGCCUUAAAGGAGGACCUGGCUCAGCAGCGUAAGGGGUACGACGAGCAGAGGGAGGGGCUGAAGACUUGAACCUGCGCAGCAGAUCCUGGAGGGACCGGCCGCCACGAACUUGCCGCCACGGAUUUGAAAAGAAGUUAAACUCUUUCAAAAUAAAACGCAUUUCCUUCUGAA